AUUGAAAUGUCUUUGAUCGAGACUUACUACAACGAACAGGAAAAAUGUUGGUAUGGGCCGGAAAAUGGGUUAUUUAGCGAUCCCAAAAUAUCCAUAGGCGAAGUGGUAUACCAAGCGCUCAAGACGGAGCCAAAAAAUAUAUUUCAGAUAUCCCACGAUAAUGGACAAGUUGAAAGCAAUGCGGAGGCUUUGACAGCAGCUGUCCGCAUAGCCCAGUUCCUGAGCUCGGAAGGACUCUCGUACAGGGACAAUGUCGGGCUUAUAGCUAGACACGGCGUUCAUGUUACUCACAUUUUGUUGGGUUGCCUUUUCAAUGCCACGCCCUUCCAUGCCGUCAAUCCCCAGCUGGAAACGGAAGCCAUAGCUGCUCUGUAUGCGACAACAAGGCCAAAGCUGAUAUUCUGCGAUGGCGUCGCUUUCGAACUGUUGAAAUCCCUAACUAAGGACUGGAGGCCAAAGAUUAUAACGCUGAUCGAUCAUGUUGGGAACGUGCCCAGCAUUGAGGAUCUCUUGGGAUCAACCAAAACGGAUAAGAACUAUGCACCCGUAAAACUUGUGCAGGGCGGCGAUCAAACUAUGGCCAUUGUGUGCUCCUCGGGCACUUCGGGCUUACCCAAGGCUGUGACAAUAACCAACUCUCAACUAUUGCUGAUAUCACCCGUCAGCGGCCUUAAUGAUGUGGUGUACACAACCGCUGGCUAUGAUUGGUUGUCCGCCAUAAAGUGUCUGCUGAGCAGCACCCUCAACGGAGCAGUUCGCGUUGUUUCGCGUCAGCCCUUUAGCACGGAGCUGAUUGUGGAUAUUGUCAGGAAAUGGCAGGUGACUUACUGUUAUCUGUCGCACUGGCAGUUCAAUGAGCUGUUCACCAGCCCGUUGGCCACGCAGGAGCACCUGUCCAGCCUGCAGUUCGUGCAGUACAGCGGGGGCUGGGUAUCGGCGGGUGUUGUGCAGGCAGCUCAGCGCAUCAUCGAAUCUACGCUCUUUGUGUGUGUGUACGGCACAACGGAAACGGAUGGCAUAGCGCUGUGCAUCAAUCCGGAAACGGAAAAUCUGGUGGGCGCUUUGCUGCCCGGCAUUACGGUGCGGAUCGCAAAUGAACAGGGUGACAGGCUGGCGCACAACGAGAUUGGCGAAAUACUGAUAAAGACUAACCAGAACUGGAAUGGUUACUACGGCAAUCCGGCGCAAACGGCUCAAACGCUCGAUUCCGAGGGCUGGUUCCACAUGGGAGAUCUGGGCUACUUUGAUAAGGACAAUAGGCUUUAUUUAGUGGAUCGCAAAAAGGAUUUGCUUAAAUACAAAUCCAUGCACUACACACCCAACGAGAUUGAGAGGAUCAUCAUCGAGUUGCCGGAUGUACAGGAAGUCUGUGUGGUUGGCAUUAAGGAUCGGUUAUAUGGUGAUGCGGCUGGCGCUUUAAUUAUCCGCAAGCCCAAUAGCCUCUUAUCCGAACAGCAGGUCAUCAAUCAUGUGGCCGAACGUAUUCCCGUCGAGUACAAGCAGCUCCAUGCGGGCGUUCGCUUUGUGGACAGAAUUCCCGUCAAUGCCAACGGAAAGCUGCUGAGAAAUGCAGCCAAAGAAAUAUUUAAAACCACUCCAAGAUGGCCAAAAGCUUCGCUUUAAGUUCUAUUAAAAAUGCAUCAAGCAAUUUAAUCAGAUUCUAUUAAGUAUGUAUACAUACGAUACAUUUUUAUUGUGUGCGUCGCCUGCAUUACGCGCUGCAGAGUUUUUAUCCUGAGAGCGUUUAUCCGGACACUGGACAGAGUGGAUUGACAACCAACAAAUGAAAGCAAAUAGUAGAUGAACCAUUACAGCUUUUGAUCCCGUUUUGCAUUUGGAUUGCACGCGUUAGCUUUUGACGGAGAGUGAGCAUUAUGAACGGCAAGCGUGGGUGGGGUACGUUCAUAUAUCCUCUGCGCUCGCGCCAUUGGUCGCCUUGCUUUUGAUCCCGUUAACUGAACGAAUAGUGUGCAAGGCGGAUAGCCCUAAUGUCGCUUCGGCAUGGGCGCAAGCAUGACGCAUUUAGUAUGUGCGCGUCUGCCUAAUUGAUCGUACGUAUUCUCCGCGCGUG